UUUAUUGGCAGUAUUUAGUUGUUAAACAAAAUAAACAAAGCUCUGUAACAAAUGACAAUAUUGAAUAUUCCACGGACAUUGUAGUAAUCACUAAUCUGUGAUAGUUACCAGUCGGCAGUCGCUACUCACCAUAGUUAGCAGUCUGUUGUGUGUUUUGUAUUAUUGUUCAGCUUCGAAGGAUUUAUUGUGCGGUGCGCACACUAACGUUUUCUUCUCAAAACGACGACGUACCUGUUGUUGAAGCUUUUUAAAACUUGAAAUGGCGACCAGAUUAAAAAACUUGUGUUCUAAAUGUAUACAGUCUAAAGUGUAUACUAAUUAUUUAAAUUUAUCAAGAAACUUGAGUGUAUUCAGCCAUGGCCUUCACUUAAAAGACACUGUUCACCAACGUAAUUUCCAGACUUCGCCUAAUUGUUGGAAUAUAGAAAACUCCGGGUCAGGACGCAAGGGUGAUAAUAAUGGCCAUACAGGAAUACUUUGUCCUAAGUGUCAAACUGCUAAUUUAGAGUUUUUUUUAACUUCUAAUCGAUUUUUGAGAUGUCAGCGAUGUGAUCAUAUAUUCAAAGUGAUUUCUGCCGAAGAAAAUAAUUUAAAAGAUGUAACAGAAGAACAAAAUAAAUUUAAGCCACCUCCAAUUCCAAAAGAAAUUUUUGUAAACCUUAAUAAGUAUGUGAUUGGUCAAGAGUUAGCUAAGAAAGUGUUAGCUGUGGCAGUUUACAAUCAUUGCAAGCGUAUUAUUCAUAAUAUUACAGCACCACAAAAGAAUGAUUCAAUUGAUCAACGAUUACUAGAUAACUUACAAAAUGCAAGAGAGCAUUUUUCUAACAACAAUAUAUUUGGAAUGCCACAAAUGGAUAGUACAAAAAACAGUCAAGAAGAAAUUAAAAUUACUUCAUCAUUUGAAAAUACACUCUUAGAAAAGAGUAACAUUAUAUUAUUGGGGCCUACAGGCUGUGGGAAAACGUUACUGGCUCAAACAAUAGCUAAGCAAUUAGAUGUACCAUUUGCAAUUUGUGAUUGUACCAAUUUAACACAAGCUGGUUAUGUGGGAGAAGAUAUUGAAAGUGUAAUUGGGAAACUUUUACAAGCCGCUAAUUAUGAUGUUGAAAAGGCUCAAACUGGAAUUGUUUUCUUGGACGAAAUUGAUAAAAUUGGUGCUGUACCCGGAAUUCAUCAAUUAAGGGAUGUUGGAGGUGAAGGAGUCCAACAAGGAAUGUUAAAAAUGUUGGAAGGUACUGUUGUUAAUGUACCAGAAAAAAAUACUAGAAAACUUCGAAAUGAAACAGUUCAAGUUGAUACUACUAAUAUACUGUUUGUUGCUUCUGGUGCAUUUACUGGUCUUGAUAGACUUAUAAGUCGCAGGACAAAUCAAAAUAGUCUAGGAUUUGGUGCAGAAAUUAAUAGUGAAAUGGGAAGCAGAAGGGCUGCUGCUGAAGCUGAUCGUGUUGCUUCUACAGCUUCAUACACUGAUAUUGAAAAAGAAAAUGCUGAAAGAGAUGGGUUGUUAAAAAAAGUGGAACCAAGAGAUUUAAUUCAAUUUGGAAUGAUACCUGAGUUUGUGGGAAGGUUUCCAGUUUUGGUCCCAUUCCAUUCCUUAAAUAGAAAUUUGCUUGUGCAAAUUCUUACUGAACCAAAAAAUAGUACAGUCAAACAAUUCAAAUUACUAUUUGGUUUAGACAAAGUUGAAUUAACAUUCACAGAUGAAGCGCUAAGAGCCAUUGCCUCGCAAGCUUUAGAAAAAAAAACAGGUGCUCGAGGGUUACGAGCAAUUGUGGAAUCAAUUUUGUUGGACCCAAUGUUUGAAAUUCCUGGUUCUGAUGUAGUAAGUGUACAUGUUACUGAAGAUGCAGUCAAUGGUAAAAUGAAUCCACAUUGUAUAAGAGGCCGUCCAAUUGACGAAGGAGAAGCCAAAAUGGAUACAAGAGCUAAAGUUGAAUAAAUUUCCAUGGUUUUAAAAAUAUCUAUACUGUCAAAAAUAAUUAAAGUUUGUUAAGCAAUUUAUAAAAACCUUUA